AUUUUUAGCUUCUGAGAUACCUGAGACACUGGCAGCGGAUAUAGCAUGCUCUCCUUCCGGCCAGCCUCCUUUCGGUCCGCAGCUGCCUCCACGCGAACAUGACGCUCGCGAAGGACCUCCUGCACUCCUCGCCCAAGGAGGAGAAGCGGAAGCACAAGAAGAAGCGCCUGGUGCAGAGCCCCAACUCCUACUUUAUGGACAUCAAGUGCCCGGAUUGCUACAAAAUCACCACGGUUUUUAGUCACGCCCAGACAAUUGUGUUGUGUGUUGGUUGCUCGACUGUGCUGUGCCAGACCACUGGUGGAAAGGCAAGGUUGACAGAAGGGUGCUCUUUCCGGCAAAAACAACAUUAAACAGUGGACACUUGGCACAGGAUGAUGGGUGGGACUAUGCGAACAGUGGCCAGUUGCAACCCUGACCUUCUCUGGAGCACCGAUGGAAGUAUAUUAUGCAAUGAAGUUGGGGGACGUGUAGAGUUAUUUU